UGCGUGUAUAUAUAAAAGCUUCCUCGAAAGACCCAACUCGCUCUGCUCACUCACUACCGAUUUUUAACUCACUCUCGACUCAGAGAGUCCAAUUGUAGCAAAGCGUAAAAAGGUUUAUAGUUUUCCUUAUCACUGCCGGUAAUGCUUUCCGGCAGCAAAGCUUGAACAGAAAAUCAAGCUUUCUCGUUGUCGCUUUCUAAAGUUUUUUUCCCUUUGUUGUUUUCGCGCGGAGAGGAAGUGCCUGAAAAUGGAGCUGAGUAAGGUGACUUUGGAGAUCUUCACGAAACUGGAACAGAAAUGGCUAUCGCACUGUGAGAAAAGUGGUAAGAAGGUUCGAAUCUUGAGCAUUGACGGUGGUGGAACCACCGGCAUUGUAGCUGGUGCUGCUCUUAUCCACUUAGAAGACCAGAUCCGUCUCAAAACCAGUGACGCACAUGCUCAUAUUGCUGAUUUCUUCGAUUUGAUCGCUGGCACUGGCGUCGGUGCUGUUCUUGCUGCCAUGAUCUCUGCCGACGAUGGAACCGGUCAUCCUCUUUUCAGUGCUAGGGAAGCUGUUGAGUUUAUUACUCAAAAUAACUCUGAGCUUUUCAAAGUUAAUAAGCUCGCCGGAGUUCUUCGUCGUCGGGAAAAGUUCAGUGGUAAGAGCAUGGAUAAGGCACUGAAGGAAAUGUUUAAGAGAGAAGACGGAACGGUUUUGACACUCAAGGACACGUGUAAGCCUCUACUUGUUCCUUGUUUUGACCUCAAGAGUUCUGCUCCUUUCGUUUUCUCACGCGCCGACGCUUCUGAAUCACCGAGCUUCAACUUCGAGCUUUGGAAAGUGUGCCGCGCCACGUCAGCCACUCCUAGCCUCUUUAAACCUUUCCCGUUGACAUCUAUAGAUGGCAAGACCUCAUGCUCCACCGUUGACGGUGGUUUGGUCAUGAACAACCCUACCGCCGCGGCGGUCACGCAUGUUCUCCAUAACAAGAGAGAUUUCCCGUCGGUUAACGGCGUGGAGGAUCUGCUGGUUUUGUCUAUAGGCAACGGUCCGUCGUGCGGAAGGUCAAAGGUCCAUAACAACGGUGAAUGUUCAACUUCUUCCGUCGUUGACAUUGCGCUUGACAGUGUCUCGGAGACGGUGGACCAGAUGUUGGCGAACUCUUUCUGUUGGAACCGUACAGACUACGUUAGAAUUCAGGCAAACGGAGUGGAGACUGAAAAUACGGUGGGGCCGAAAACGGAGGCGAUACUGAAGGAAAGAGGGGUUGAAUCGUUACCGUUUGGCGGGAAACGGUUACUAACGGAGACUAACGGAGAGAGAAUCGAGUGCUUUGUGCAACGCCUUGUUGCUACCGGCAAAUCCAGCCUUCCUCCAAGUCCUUGCAAGGAAUCAGCCGUUAGCCCACUUGCCAACGGCCGUUAGUUACUCUUUUCUUCAAAAUUACUUUUUUGUCCUUUCUUUCACUCUUUUAACCGCUUGUAAUCAACCUCCUCAACCUUUUUUUUUUUUUUACUCUUUAACUGUUCCCUACUUUAAAGUAAAAAAAAUAAAAAAAAGCUUCGAAUUAAUUAGUAAUUUAGUCAAA